AUGUCUUUGCAAUCCUCAGCUCAGCUGGGAUUUGCUGUCUCAGUUUUCACGUUCGCAUCAGCUGGCUUGCCUUUGUCGUCGCGGAACUUUGCCAAGCCAGCGCCGAGCCUGCCCACGCUUGGGUGUGCACGAGUUGACUCUUCAUCCUCGGUCGUUGAUGCAGCUCACCCGGAUGCCUUGCUGCUGCUACAAUCUUGCGCGCGUGCGGAGCUGCCAAUCUUGGUGCUGGACCUCUUGAGACCUGGUCCGCCUUUGCUGCUUCAAUCUCCCACUCGAAUGGGAUCUGCUUUGCCACCGUCUGGCUGCGCGUGCACGGGGAGCAGCCUGAUACUUCUGGACUGUGUAAGCCCAGGUGUUCCGCUCGCAAUCCGCGGUGCGCUGAAACAAAGCGGCGAAAUCUCCCUGGGACAAGAUCUGAAUGUCAACGGCUACGGCAGUUUUGGAAAUUGGCCGUCAGCAUUCAGUUAUGCCAAUCUUGCAUCGACAAUGCCAGCGAGGUCAAUUGCAAGGCUUGAGCUUGCGGUGCCUGUUUCUGACUUCUCGAACCUUGAGCUCCCGUCGACAUUGCAUGGCUGCAGCCGUUUGGACCCGGCCAUUGCAGCCAGCGGAACGGCCCAGCUUGGAGCGCGGCUGCCGAUCCUGGACUCUGCGAGUGUCGGCCCAUCCUUUCUGCCGCAUGGUCAUUCAAGGCUAGGGCUCGCAGCACUUGCUUUUGAUGUGACGCUGCUUGAUCUGUCAUCAUCCCCACGGAGUGCGCAUUGCCUUGGCUUGCUGCUGGCUGCGUGUGGUAUGUCACGCUUGGGUACACCACUGCCGGCACCGGGCCGUACAACUCCGGGGCCGCUUCUGUCAUUGCACAGCCCGGCACGCAUGGAUCCAGCGGCUUUUGUUCUAGGUUUUGCCAAUCUCGGCUCUGCGCUGGUGGCGAGGGCAUCCUCACAGCCCGAGUUGCUGCUUCUGACAAGAAGCUCUGUAUAA